AUGCAGGAAGCUAUUGAAGAGUAUAAAAAAGCUAUCGAUGCAAAUAUAAAAGCAUAUGGAAGAGACCAUCCAAAAACUUAUCAAUAUCUCAGUCAAUUAGGAUCUGCUUAUAGAACUGUUGGAAAAAUUCAAGAAGCUAUGGAAGCUCAUAAUGACGCUCUUGAGAUAGGACUUACUUUAUUUGGAGAAAAUGAUUUUAAUACUGGAUUUAUUUAUAGCGGCCUUGCUAAAGAUUACAGAGAUUUGCAAUUUUGGGACAAAUCAAUUCAACUCCACAAUAAAGCAAUAAAUAUUUAUAAGCAAUGCUAUGAUAGAAAUCGAGAUUUUGAGCAAUAUUAUUGAAGCGAAUUAUAUUGUCUUGGGGAAACAUAUGAAGCGAAAGGUGAUAUUAUCAAUGCAUUGCAAAAUUAUCCAAAAGUGAAAGGCUUCUAUAAUGACACAUACGGAGAAAAUCAUGAGUUUGUUGCAGAAAUUCAGACAAAAAUUGAUAGUAUUAAAGCAACUUAA